GGUGGAGAUGCACGGACCAGCCUAGACGAUGCUAGGUUAGGACUUGGUGCUGCAUCUAGGUAUUGAGUCAUAUCUGCCUACCUACUAUGUACCUAAUAGAUAGAGCAGUAUAGAGGACUUACCUAAGCUGCUGCAGAAAGAGAAACAGUCACACAAUCCUUCUGGGAGCUUGGGCAAGACUUCUUACAGCUCUCAUAAACCAUCCAACUCCCUUUGUAUUUGCUGUGUCUGACUCUGCGGUUUCAUUCGCAAAACUGCUGAUCAGAUGUCUUCCACCACCACCACCAUCAUCAUCCACUGUUAUGCCUAAGAAACGACGCCAGACCAAAUACUCUAAGCCUCCGUCUGUCGCACCGCCAGCAUUGCGACUUUCAUCGCCGUCGCACUCGACUUCGGAACAUCAUGACCGAUCAGUUAACGAAUUGCUCGCAAACCUGCGCCGGAGCACCCUGAACUCCCACCCCACCGCCGCUGUUUCUAGCUCCGGCUUCUCGGCUGUCACGACGCCCAGCGUACCCCCGGCAUUGCGUCAACUUUUUCAGCUUCCCGAGGCUCCCACGCCCGCUCCACGUCGUCCUCAGAGAAGGGAUCCGAGCGGUCGUCGUCCUCCUCCCGGACCACCCCCGCCUCGCAGCUGGGUUACACUAUCACAGGCACAACACGCACCGCCUUCCUCUAGCCCUAGGGACGAUGGUACGCACGGUCAUAAUAGAUACUGGCCUAUGCCUGGGGCUUACGCCCCGGCUGAGGGAAGCCUAGUAGAUAUGGUUCUAAAACGUAUAGCUCUUGACUGGGCCCAACAACGUGACUGGAAUCGUUUUUACCUCUACACGCUGCCCAGCCGGUUACGGUCGGCACUGUUGGCCCAUGUCUCCGACAUGUAUAGCCCUGGCCUGUCGAUAGCAGAUCUACAGCUCGUCUUAUUAGGCCCAUCGGAGGGCGAACUGAGCGAGUAUGGGCUGGAGCCACCUGAUGUGAAUAGCAUCAACUCCGAUUUCUUUUGCCUGGAUUUGACAGGCUCAUUCGGCAGGUCACUAAGCAUGAAGGAGUUGCACGAAUUGCUUUUCGGGUCUAGAAAGACCACUGUGCCCGCCGAGGAUGUUGUACAAGACUCAUGGGACUUACCAGCGCCAAGCGCUGGGCCCGUUGACUUGCUGCCAAAUUUGACGCACCUGUCGUUAGCCAUAGAUCCGAGCUCGACGCCAUCGGUGUCCUGGAAACAGCUUUUGUCAGUCGCCGGAAAGCUUACUCGGCUUACAGAGCUUAGCUUAGCUUAUUGGCCGGAGCCUUCACUCACACCAAACGCCAAACUUGCCAAAGUCACCUCGCCGACAACUGGGCAUAGCGUUCAAUACGGUGGAACGGGGCCGUAUAGCCACAGUCUAGAUGGAGACUGGACUGAGGCAAUCCUAGUUUUGAAACGCCUCAGCCGACUCCUUUAUAGUCUCGAAUACCUCGACCUUACUGGGUGCAAUGACUGGGUUCGUGCUUUACGGGAAAAGUCGGACGGCGAGUUUCGAGUGGACUUUGUAGAUUGGGUAGGGGACUGGGGUAAGAUCUCAGCGUUGCGGCUUAACUCGGGAUAUGCUAUAACGGCAGACGAUGCGCCCAAGAGCGAAGUGCUUCGGUUCUCGGAAUGGAUCGAGGAGGCUACGGCGGUAGAAAAGCAUAUCCGGGCACAGCGCGCCGGGCGGGGCCGAUUCAUCACAGUCGAGCGGGAUGCUCUGUCUGAGACGGCCCAAGCAAUUGUAGAUAGCGAGAUGGUCAUCAACUCGCUGCAUUGAUUGCAGUCAGAGUGGAUUAUUGGUAAUCUGACUUACAUCGAUAUACUCUUUAACUAUAGAAAUAUUCAAUGAUAUAUCUUAUUUCUUUUUUUUUAUGCUCAUAGCACUAGGUAGGGCUUUUAAAGGCACACAAUUGUAUCUGGCAGUCGCGCUAACCUGGC